AUGGUUACCUCUCCACACACAUCAUCUUUUUACAUUUCAAAUGAAGUCAAGAACACUUACAAUGGUGAUGUCUAUUUUAACGGUAAAAAAACUUCGAAUGCGCGACAGUUUUUACCAGAAAUGGAAGAAGCAAGAAAGAUCAUAAUGAACAUUGUUAACGAGAAACGCAAGAACAGAGGUGAAUGGAAUCCAAAUGUUGCUGCUGUAAGAAACAAAUUGCUAUGCAAACUCAAAAGGCAAGAUUCAUUAAUUCCUAUUAUUGAUUCCGAAUCCCGAACCGGAAUUAAAUUUAUAUAUUUCAACUUAACGUUAAUAGAAAGUGUUGGUUGGCACAGCGAUCAAUUAACACGCCUUGGUCCACGUCCAAUAAUUGGUUCGCUUUCGCUUGGUACCACUCGUCAAUUCCGCCUUCGUCGAAUUAAUGAAAAAUCUUCUAGAAUUAUAUCAAUUCCUCUUCCUCAUAAUUCUCUUCUUAUCAUGUGGCCUCCCUGUCAAGAACUUUGGAAACAUGAAGUAUGCUCUCAAAAUGUCAUUGAUAAUCUCCAUCCAAUCGCUGGUUCAAAGAGAAUCAAUAUCACUUUCAGACAAUUCAGAGAUGAAUAUACUGCUGAAUGGACUCCAAAAUGUUCUUGUGGAAUUCAAUGCGUCUUGAAACCGGUGAUGCGAGGCCCAAACAUUGGUAAAUAUUUUUACAUGUGCUAUGCUUCAGGUGUCAAUGAAGGUCAAAAGUGUGAUUUUUUCGAAUGGUUGGAUGUUUCAAAACGGCAAAUCGAUUAUAAGAGGAAAUAUAAUUCCCUCGAAUCUAUCCAAUCUAUCCAAUCAGAUGAAAGCCUUUAA